CAUCCACAGCUAAGGGGGGCUCGGCCAUUAUUAGGAGGCGUGUCAAAUUUAAGCCAGCGCCUCUCCGACCUCCCCCCUGCCUCGGUCGCGCCCUGCCGUUGCGCCCCCCCUCUCCCUCCUCUCUGCGGGGGAAGGAGAGAGACGGUACCCAGGAGACAGGGGCGGAGAGGGACCAAGCUCAGGCUCCGGCCGCUCCAUCGACUCCUCCUCGGCGCAUGGCCAAUCGGCCCAGCGUGCCCAAGUUCGGCACCUGGGACAGCGACAAUGUGGGCUACACGGUCUACUUCAACAAGGUGCGCGAGAACAAGGGCGCCACCGCGCCGCCGCUCCAGCGGCCGUUCAACCCCAACGACCCGGAGGAGGAAGCCCCGAGGGUGAUCGCCCCGGGCUCCAGGCCGGCCACCUCGAGCGGCGACCGCGCGGCGGCCCAGCAGAACGGGCAGCAGCACCGGCGAGCCGGGAGCAGCAGCAGCGUGGCCACCGACCGGGGCGGCAGGGUCGCCGAGAAGAGCAAGUUCGCGCCGCCGCCGCAGUACCACCCGCGGCCACAGCCCGCCCACCACCAGCCUCCGGCCGGCCACGGCGGCGACAACGGCCACCACCGCUCUCCGUCCGGGCACGGCGGCGACCACGGCCACCACCACCACCACCUGCCGGCCGGGGCCGGGCACGGCGGGCACCACAAGCCGCAAGAGGCGAGGUACAAGCCGGCCGGUGCCCGGGCGCGGUCCGCCUCGCCGAACCACGCGCCGGGGCGGCAGAGGCCGACGGCGGUGCCCAAGUUCGGGGCGUGGGACGAGCAGAGCGCGGCGGCGCAGGGGUACACGGUGCAGUUCGACAGGGUGAAGCAUGACCGGGAAGCGGCCCGCCGCGGCGCGGUGCCGGACCUGCAUCGCCGCCGCAUGCCGUCGCCGGAGAGCUACACGGCCGCGAGCCGGUCCCGGCAGCACACCCCCUUCUACUCAAAGAUGUUCGGGUGCUUCCUCCCUCACACCACAGAAUGAGACGAGGCUGUCUGAAGCUCUGAACACGACCCUGACCUUACUUACGUCACGCGUGUGUGUCAUUUUUGUUUCCUUUUUCUUCGUCGGCCUUGAGAGGAUUCCUGUUCUUCUUGUCCAAGGCUGUGGUCUAUUCAUUCUUCUCUUUCUUGCUCGCUCUUGCUUUGGGUUGGCAUUUGCAAGGUGGGUUUGUGGGGCUUUUGUACGUACGGUGGGUUGUGAUGUGUAUGAUUAUGUGCAUAUUGUUCUAUUGUUUUUCUGGGA